AAACUUUAGUUACAUGCCCAAGUCAGAGGCUUGGGGAUCCUAAGCACUAUCUGCAUCAAUCAAAAUACCAAUUACAACUGGUUUAGGCUUUGUAAGAAAAAAAAUCUAUUAAAAACUGAACAAAGUGAACCACAGCAAAAGUCUGGCUUUUAUUGAUAAAGAUAAAAAACAUGACGCAUACAAAUUAAAGUCCACCCACAGGCCUCCUUUUUCAGGGGGUCACAUAAAACAUUCUGACAGGUGAGGGUCAAAGUCAUAGUUCAUGUCAAUAAACUGACAUGUUUUGAAGGAAAUAAUGGGAUCUAACAGCUUCACAGGUUGGCAACAACUUUGGACUUAAAGCUACUGAAAUGUGCCCCACAAAAAAAAAUAAAAACUCUCAAGAAGCGAUAUAUCUAAGGUUAUCCAUCAGUAUGAUCAAUGUCCUAUGGCCAAACUUCCUCCUGGCUUUGACACAGAUGGAUAGCUGCAGAAUUUAUGUAAUGUGGACAAUGUCACAUUAUUACAACUUGAACAGUUUCAGUAUUAACGCUGUGGUUCUGGCAAAGAACCAGACAUGGUUCCAGAGUGAUGGACGGAGAAGGAACCUGGAACCAGCCUGCAGAGGCUCAGAGAUGCUGCUUCACAUUGGUUUGGCUCUAACUGCAGCAUCAGCAACAUCUGGGCUGAAUGUGAGCAGAUAUUUACUGUAUCGCUGUUUAUCUGCCUAAACCGUCACCGUUUCCUGUGUCUCAGCAAGUGCUGCACGUAGCGACUGAUGAAGCGAUUUGUGAGGAAGCUCAAUGUCUUAAGACCUUUCCUGCCACACGUUAUUACGUCUUUACAGUGGUUAAAUUGUAAGAUACACAGGAAGAACAUUCAGAUUGUGACUCUGGCGUCACGCAGAGAUCAUAAGGCAGCAGCUGGACACAGCAUCACUGCGUUGAUCCCAGGUAACGUUCCUUCACAUGUGUGCGUUCUCUUGGUUCAUCAGGGCCCGUGAAGUGAACCGUCAGGGUCUGACUGGGUUUGAUCCUGCAGUAGGUGUCGGUCCAUCAGCAGCUCCACAUUGGGUCGGAGCCACUGAUUCGGUUCCGGCUUCAGUCUGUAGAACUGGACCCCUGAAGACUCCAGGGGUCCUGGUUCAGCGUCAUGUUUAACAUGGGUUCUGACCUGAUCUCAGCUCUGUUUGCUUUGCAGGUCUGUGUCUUAGAUUUCCUGGGUAAAAAGUAUGUGUUAAAACCCGUUCAGCGGUUUCAGCCAAAGGACAAAAUGUCGUUGUGACUCCAGGAGGUUCAGCACAUCCAUUAGUUGUAGUUCAGUCCAGGAGGAGUCUGGUCUCGUUCCCUCCUUGUCUCUCAGUAGAGCAGAAACCUCUGAGUUAGAACUGUGUGUGUGACGUUCGAUCAUGUUCAGGCUUCACUUACUGGACAAAUGAACAGUUCAACCAGAACUUUAUUGACACUUUAUUAAACUCUGUUAAUUUCCAGUUUAUCAGCGAAGAAUGAACGAGAGCAUAAUUAACGCCACAUCGUUGAUUACUGGGCACUACAACAUGUAUGAGAAUUAUAAGAAGAUAGAAGAGGUUUCAACGUGGCUGAUCGUCACCAUCGGCCUCAUCCUGAUGCCCGUCGCCAUCUUUGCUCUUUCCUCUCUGGUGAAGAAAGACAACGUUGCUCCGAUCUUCGUCAUCAACCUCCUGGUUUCUGAUGUCGUUCAGCUCUGUAGCUUGAUCCUUUUACAGACAGAUGGAACUGUCUCUUCUAUUGGUGAUUCCAUGUACAGCUUCAGUGUGGUGGCCAGUGUGGGCUUCAUGGUGUGCAUCGCUCUGGAAAGGUAUCUGGCCAUCGUCUGGCCGCUGUGGUACCGAACCAGACGACCAGUCAAGAUGUCCCUGCUGCUCUGUGCUGUGGUCUGGACUUUUCCUCUGUUUUACUUACCUCUCUCCAAAGUUAUGGUUUCAAACGGUUGGUUAUAUUUAUACUUUAUCAUUUCUGGCAUCCUCCUCCUCCUCCCGCUUCCUCUGCUCGUGUUCUUCCUGGUUGGGACCCUUAGAGCUUUGUCUGCCUCCAUCAGUGUUCGUGCUGAGGAAAAUCGUAGAAUUGUUGGACUUCUGGUUCUGGUGCUGUUGAUUUACACACUGUUGUUCCUGCCUUCCAUCAUUUUUUACUUAGUACAUCCUCGUGAUUUGGAGGUGCAUUUUGUUGCUGUCCUUUUCAGUAGACUCAAUCCCAUUGCUGACUUGUUCAUGUACAUCUUCCUCAGAAAAGGGGCUGUGAACCAUGUUUGGUUCUGUCUUUGUUGUUGCAGAAAGAACAGAACUAUUCAUCAGUCCAGUGGUUUGAAUGUUGAUAAGACAGUCACUACAAAUUUGUAGUCAGACAAUGAAACAUUCUUAGGUUAUUCUUAGUUUACACCUUUUGUCAGGUGUGGAGAAUUCGGUAACAAAUAUCCCAUAAAAUGUUAAAUAUAUGUUGUGUGCAUGGAGACAUUUUGUGUUUCUUUGUAUUCUCUUCUCUCUUGUAUUCUCUUGUAUUUUAGCUGAAAUAAAAGUUUUUUUUGUGCGUGUGUGUCCUGCCCAGCAGUUUAACAAGCAGCAUGUAUUAAGUUUUUAUUAGUCCUUAGGGCAGCACACUGGGCAGCACUGUUGAUUCCUGGACAUGUUCUCCCUGUGUUUGCGGGGGUUCUCCUGCUUCCUCCCUCUCCUAAGACACACAGUUGGGUUCAAUGGCUAUUUUCCAUUGUGCGUGAUGGUUUGUCUCUGUGUGACCCUGCAAUCGGCUGGAUAGACUCCAGCAACCCCACAUGGGAGUCAGCGCUAGUCCUUCCUAAAUAUUUGAUGUUGCAGAAUUGGUGGACAGGUUAAGUUUGUGUAGUGGAAGGUUAACUUGGAUUUUAAAUGUGAGCUAUCAGAACAUUUAAUGUUGACUGUUCUGGAGAUGUAAUGAAUCUGAUCUCAGCUCUUUACACGAACAGGUUAGAACAGAAAAGGUUUCAUUGGUGUUGUUUGUAAAACAGCCAAAGCACACUUAGAUCUGAUCCACUGUGGUUUGAAUUUAAGUGUUCGUUGCUACGUGAGCUUUGAUAACAUGCCUGAUUAUUGCUGUUCCUGUAAUGCUGAUUGUUGUGAGAUUAACCGUUUACGAUGUGUUAAAAGCAAGCUGACUUGUACAAAAAAUAAGCAAGUCAAUAUUAAUUAAAUGCAAUACAAUGAUAUGGGCUUUGUCUCAUUAAAAAGGAAAGCUAAAAAAUUAUCUAGAAGCAACAAAGUACGCUAUUGGAAAUAAAUAUAUUUUUAAGUUUUGUCUUCUCAAAUGUUCACUCAGAAUAUUAAUUCAUUGUGUAUUAAAAAUAUACUUUGCAUUUGUAUCCUUCCAAUUACUGUUCUUUUGGACAAACUUAAUAUUGACACCAGAGUGCAUUUGGGGAUCCCAUUUCUACGUCAAUCAAAAUACCAAUUACAACUGGUUUCGGUGGUUUGGUUUGUUAAAGAUUGUAAUAGACAAGUUUAAGCGUAAAAAUCUAGUAAAAAAUUUGAACAAAGUAAACCACAGUAAAAGUCUGGCUUUUAUUGAUAAAGGAAAAAAAAACAUGACGUAUACAAAUUAAAGUCCACCUACAGGCCUCCUUUUUCAGAGGGUCACAUAAAACAUUCUGACAGGUGAGGAUCAAAGUCAUAGUUCUGCUACUCUAAAAGGCUAAUGCACAAUAAACUGACAUGUUCUGAAGAAAAGAAUGGGAUCUAAUAGCUUCACAGGUUGGCAACAACUUUGGACUUAAAGCUACUGAAAUGUGCCCCACAAAAAAAAUAAAAUCCGUCAAGAAGUGAUAUAUCCAAGGUUAUC